AUGGCUACCGUUCCAGGACAAUUGAUCUGGGAGGUCGUGAAGAAGAACAACUCCUUCUUGGUGAAGCAGUUCGGCCGAGGCAACGCUGGCGUCCGAUUCAGCAAGGAGCCCAACAACCUCUACAACCUCCACUCCUACAAGCAUUCUGGCUUGGCGAACAAGAAGACGGUGACUAUUCAGCCCGGAGGCAAAGACCAGUCUGUGGUGCUCGCCACCACUAAGACGAAGAAGCAGAACAAGCCUGCCAGUUUGCUUCACAAGUCUGUGAUCAGGAAAGAGUUUCCUCGUGUGGCCAAGGCUGUUAUCAAUCAGGUGGCCGAUAAUUUCUAUAGACCCGAUUUGAAGAAAGCAGCCCUUGCCAGGCUUAGUGUUGUUCACAGGAGUCUCAAGGUCUCCAAGUCUGGUGUCAAGAAGAGGAAUAGGCAGGCUGUCAAGACCCCUGGUAGGAAACGAAUGUGGAAACUUUUCCCUUUUACUGAAAAAGGGAAGGUCCCUAUUUUCGGGAUGCAAUUCUUGUGGUUGAAGAAUGACGAUUUAAAUCCAAAUUCAAGUUUACCAGGUGCUAUUCAGAAAUCAUGUAAGGGUUAUGAUCUCAAUCUUCCCGAAAGAAUCCUGCAGGAAAUCAAACUGACACCAAAAAUCAAACACGAAGAUCGGACCGAAAAGCUGAUGUCCGAAACUGCUGCUAUAGGGGGAGUAGAAUCACUUCCUUCGGAAUGCAGCCACCAAAAUAGGAUCUGA